AUGCCUUGCCCAGCCCAGAGCUCGGAUGAGCUGGAGUUCUUUGUGAACGGAAGGAAGGUGACAGAGAAGAACGUGGACCCAGAAGUCACUCUGCUGGCCUUCCUGAGAAAGAACUUACGCCUCACGGGAACUAAGUAUGCCUGUGGAGCAGGAGGCUGUGGGGCCUGCACUGUGAUGGUGUCACAACAUGAUCCGGUGUGCAAGAAGACAAGACACUUCUCUGUCAUGGCCUGCCUGGUGCCUCUGUGCUCCCUGCAUGGGGCUGCUGUCACCACCGUGGAAGGUGUGGGAAGCAUGAAGACCAGGCUCCACCCCGUGCAGGAGAGAAUCGCCAAGAGCCACGGUACCCAGUGUGGAUUCUGCACGCCUGGGAUGGUGAUGUCCAUGUACACACUGCUCAGGAACCACCCGCAGCCCUCAGAGGAACAGCUCAUGGAAGCCUUGGGAGGUAACCUCUGCCGGUGUACUGGGUACCGGCCGAUUCUGGACAGCGGCAGGACCUUCUGCACGGAGCCAAAUGGUUGUCAGCAGAAAGGAACAGGACAGUGCUGCUUGGAUCAGAAGGAAAGUGACUCAUCUGGAAGCAAAAGUGACAUUUGCACGGAGCUCUUUGUGAAAGAUGAAUUCCAGCCCUUGGACCCGACCCAGGAGCUCAUAUUUCCCCCAGAACUCCUGAGGAUGGCUGAGAACCCAGAGAAGCAAACCCUAACCUUCUAUGGAGAGAGAAUUACCUGGAUUGCCCCAGGAACCCUCCAAGAACUCUUGGUGCUGAAAGCCAAGUACCCUGAAGCCCCUCUCAUCUCUGGGAACACAGGUCUGGGACCAGCCAUGAAGUCUCAAGGACACUUUUACCCAGUUCUCCUGUCUCCUGCUAGAAUUCCUGAUCUAAGAAUGGUGACUAAAACCAGUGGCGGACUGACCAUAGGUGCCUGCUGCAGCCUGGAUCAGGUGAAGGACAUCUUGGCUGAGAGCAUCUCUGAACUCCCAGAGGAGAAAACUCAAACCUACCAAGCUCUCCUGAAACACCUCAGGAGCCUGGCGGGACAGCAGAUCCGGAACAUGGCGUCCUUAGGUGGACAUGUUAUGAGCAGACAUUACUACUCGGACCUGAAUCCUAUCCUCUCUGUGGGCAACACCACACUCAAUCUGCUGUCAGAAGAAGGCCUGCGGCAGAUUCCUCUCAAUGGACAUUUUCUUGCUGGGUUGGCAAGUGCAGACCUGAAGCCAGAGGAGAUUCUGGGGUCUGUUUAUAUCCCCCACUCUCAGAAGCGGGAGUUUGUGUCUGCCUUCCGGCAGGCCCAGUGCCAUCAGAACGCCUUGUCUGAUGUGAAUGCUGGCAUGAGAGUCCUGUUCAAAGAAGGCACAGACAUCAUUGAGGAGCUGAGCAUUGCCUAUGGAGGGGUGGGGGCCACCACCGUCAGCACACACAGGACCUGCCAGCAGCUCCUGGGCCGGCACUGGAACGCACUGAUGCUAGAUGAGACUUGCAGACUGCUUCUGGAUGAAGUCUCCCUCCCAGGCUCAGCCCUGGGAGGCAAAGUGGAAUUCAGGAGGACUCUAAUUGUCAGCUUCUUCUUCAAGUUCUACCUGAAGGUUCUACAGGAGCUAAAGGCUGACGAGAAGCUGUCCCCUGAGUCCACCGACAGCCAGCGUUACCCAGAGGCCGCAGACCGGUUCCUAAGCUCUCUGGAGCUGGAAGAUUUCCAGGUCACUCUACCCCGAGGAGUCCAAACAUACCAGAGAGUGGAUUCUCAUCAACCUCUCCAAGAUCCAGUCGGACGCCCUGUCAUGCACCUGUCAGGUCUUAAACAUGCCACAGGGGAAGCUGUAUUUUGUGAUGACAUCCCCAGGGUGGAUAAAGAACUUUUCAUGGCUUUAGUGACCAGUACCAGAGCUCAUGCAAAAAUCAUAUCCAUCGACUCAUCUGAGGUCUUUGACCUGCCUGGUGUGGUCGAUGUGAUAACAGCUGAAGACAUUCCAGGCAACAAUGGUGAAGAGGAUGACAAAUUACUGGCUGUAGAUAAGGUUCUCUGUGUGGGCCAGGUCAUCUGUGCUGUGGUGGCAGAGACUGAUGUUCAGGCAAAACGGGCAACUGAGAAGAUAAAAAUCACCUAUGAGGAUCUGAAACCUGUGAUUUUCACCAUCGAGGAUGCCAUAAAGCACAGUUCGUUCCUGUGCCCUGAAAAAAAGCUUGAACAAGGAAACAUGGAGGAAGCCUUUGAAAACGUGGACCAGAUAGUUGAAGGGAAGGUCCAUGCUGGAGGGCAAGAACAUUUCUACAUGGAAACACAGAGAGUGCUUGUUAUUCCAAAGACAGAGGACAAAGAGCUGGACAUGUAUGUGUCCACACAGGACCCAGCCCACGUGCAGAAAACAGUGUCCUCUGCCUUGAACAUCCCGGUCAGCAGGAUCACCUGCCAUGUGAAGCGAGUGGGUGGGGGCUUUGGAGGAAAGGUGGGAAGACCAGCUGUGUUCGGAGCAAUUGCUGCAGUGGGAGCUGUCAAAACUGGCCAUCCCAUUCGUCUUGUUCUGGAUCGUGAAGACGAUAUGUUAAUAACUGGGGGAAGACACCCAUUAUUUGCAAAAUACAAAGUGGGAUUCAUGAACAGUGGACGAAUCAAAGCCCUAGACAUUGAAUGCUACAUCAAUGGAGGAUGCACACUGGAUGACUCGGAGCUGGUAACAGAAUUUCUUGUACUAAAACUGGAAAAUGCAUAUAAAAUCCGCAACCUCAGACUCCGAGGUCGUGCCUGCAUGACAAACUUACCAUCCAAUACGGCCUUUCGUGGGUUUGGCUUCCCACAAGGGGUCCUGGUAACAGAAUCUUGUAUCACAGCUGUGGCAGCCAAAUGUGGGCUUCCACCAGAAAAGAUUAGGGAGAAAAACAUGUACAAAACAGUUGAUAAAACCAUCUACAAGCAAGCGUUCAGCCCUGAACCCCUGAUAAGGUGUUGGAAGGAGUGUCUGGACAAGUCUUCCUUUCAUGUCAGAAGGACAAGAGUGGACGAGUUCAAUAAGAAGAGCUAUUGGAAGAAGCGAGGCAUCGCUAUUGUCCCCAUGAAAUUUUCAGUUGGCUUUGCUGCGACAAGCUAUCAUCAGGCAGCUGCACUCGUUCACAUCUACACCGAUGGCUCUGUGUUGGUGGCACAUGGAGGCAAUGAACUGGGGCAAGGUAUUCACACCAAAAUGUUACAGGUGGCCAGCCGUGAAUUGAAAAUACCCAUGUCUUACCUGCACAUCUGCGAAACAAGCACAGCAACAGUGCCCAAUACGAUCGCUACAGCAGCGUCCGUUGGAGCAGAUGUCAACGGCAGAGCCGUGCAGAAUGCCUGUCAGAUCCUUCUCAAACGUCUUGAGCCUGUCAUUAAGAAAAACCCGGAAGGGACAUGGAGAGACUGGAUAGAAGCAGCAUUUGAACAAAGAAUAAGUCUUUCAGCCACUGGAUACUUCAGAGGCUACAAGGCCUUCAUGGACUGGGAGAAGGGAGAGGGAGACCCAUUCCCAUACUAUGUCUAUGGAGCUGCAUGUUCUGAGGUUGAAAUCGACUGCCUGACAGGUGCUCACAAGAAAAUCAGAACCGACAUUGUCAUGGACGCAUGUUGCAGCCUGAAUCCAGCCAUUGAUGUUGGGCAGAUUGAAGGUGCAUUUAUUCAAGGAAUGGGCCUUUACACCACUGAGGAACUGCUCUACUCCCCAGAGGGCGUCCUGCACUCCCGGAGCCCGGACAAGUACAAAAUCCCAACUGUCACUGAUGUCCCAGAGCAGUUUAAUGUGUCCUUGCUGCCAUCGUCUCAGACACCGCUCACCAUCUACUCGUCAAAGGGCCUCGGGGAGUCUGGGAUGUUCCUAGGGUCAUCUGUGUUUUUUGCCAUUGCCGAUGCGGUGGCUGCAGCACGGAGACAAAGAGACAUAGCGGAGGACUUCACAGUGAGGAGCCCAGCAACCCCAGAGCGGGUGCGAAUGGCCUGUGCAGAUCGGUUCACAGACAUGAGCUGUCAAAUACAGUGGGAAGGAGUGAAUCACUUAGCUCUUAUUCACAGUGCAGGACAGGCAGCUGGGCUCCGAGGCACAUGGGGUGAGACGGCAUUUUCCGCCAAGUCUGAUGAUUCCUUGCUGAGACCUUGUCAAUAUGCCCUGGUGGACACCGUUGUCUAA